ACGGCUAACCUGCGCCGCUCCGAACCUCACCUGCUUCCGGUGUUCUGUUCCCAUCUCUGUGAGGUGACGCCCCUCCCUCACCCGAUCUGCACCCCUUUCCUUUUUACUGCCUCCCCAAUCGGCUCUUCUCCUCUCCCUUCUCCUCCCUCCUCCGCCAGCUUCCCCCAUCGGCCGAUCUCCGUCGUCCCUCCUCCGAGAUCCGACGGACGGGUGGGACGCGAUCGUCGAGGCGGCGACCGCCUUGGACCCGUCUUCGAUGAUGGGCCCGGCGUUGGCGUCGCAGCUGGGCGUCCUAGCAGCGUGCAUCGUCCUCUUUCUGCCCCUUGGCAUGGCCGGAUGGCACCUCAGCCGCAACAAGGUCCUCUUCUUCAGCGGCGCCCUCUUCAUCUCCCUCGCCGUCGUUGUCCACCUCGCUCCCCACCUGCCCUCCCUCUCCGUCUUCCUCCUCUCCUCUCUCUCGCCCUCCUCGGACGCCGGCGCCAACUCCUCCUCCUCUUCUUCCUCCGAUCCAAUUCCCGCUGUCCCUUUCUCCUCCUGCAUCCCUUUCCUCCACGACAUCACUUGGCAUCGAGAAACCCCUUCCUCCUCGGUGACAUGGCAAUGGGCCCCGGAAGCCCACGCUGCGGCUUGCGACUUCCAGCGGGUCCCCCGCCCCGACGCCUCCGUCCUCCUCAAUGGUUCUUGGAUCGUCGUCGCCGGGGAUUCCCAGGCCAGGCUUCUCACCCUAGCCGUCCUCCGCCUGCUCCUGGAUUCCGUCGCCCUCCCGCCCGUCGAGGCCGACCUUUUCCGUCGCCACUCUGAUUACCACGCCUCUCUCUCCGAUCGAGGCUUCACCAUCGACUUCGUCUGGGCCCCCUUCGAAUCCAACCUCACGGAUCUCCUCCGCGUCCUCCGCCGCCGCAGUCCCGCCUCCCGCCCUGACGUCGUCGUCCUAGGUUCCGGCCUCUGGCACAUGCUACAUCUCGCCAACUCGUCCCUCUACGGCGAGUCUCUCGCCUCGCUCAAGCGGGCCGCCGUGGCGUUGCUUUCGACUGCGCCAGCGCAGCCACCCCAUAUGUUCUGGUUGGGGUUGCCGACUCUGGUCAAUUCGAUGCUGAACACCGAGGAGAAGAGGGCAAGGAUGAAUGAUACGGUGUGGGAUGAGUAUGACCGGGAGCUUGGGGAAAGCACCAUCCUGAGAAGCGACGGCGGACCUUGUUUACUGCUAGAUAUUGGAUCCUUGAGCCACGGCUGCGGACGAGGAUGCACAGCUGAUGGGAUGCACUACGAUAGCGUGGUGUAUGAAGCGGCGCUUCACAUUAUGCUCAAUGCACUUCUGAUCGAGUCUCAACAGCGAAUUUGAUACUUAUCGAGGUUGAUUGCUUCAAAGGCUCCUUGAGAUUACUGCUGAACAGGUGUGUCCGCUGCUUACUGAAUACUUGGAUCUUGUGUACUGUUGAAUAUUUUCCUUGUAUGUUUUUCUUUUCACUUUUGAUUUUAGUGGUUGAAAACUGGGAGAAUAUUUUGUGGAAUACAACAUUCUUUUUUUUCCCUAGUUGGGCAAGAUGUUUGAUGUAACUUCUUUGCGAUAAUACACAAUGAAAAAAAUAGAUUGUAGA